AUGAGCUUCUUUACUUCCCUCUGGCAAAGUAUCUUCGAACCAGGUACCUCCCCACAACUUAUCAUCGCUACACAUAUAUCUUUCGCUGCUUUGCUAGUGAGCUUGCUAUGGCUCAUCUACUCUACACACAUUAUACAUUUCUACUUCCUGUUCGUGAUCGCUUUCCUACUUUGGAUAACAGUGAUAUGGUUCAUAGCAGAACUCAAAUCCGCAAAACUGAAGUCCAACGAAGAACUGUCCAAGUCCACUAAAGCAGAAUAG